AUGGCGGAUGACAAUGCCUGUUUCGAAGAGCAUUUCGACAACAAGAUCCCUGGCCAGUGGUGCGCUGAUUACUUCAAGCCGACCAACAACGCGUAUCAGAAGGAUUUUGACAGUAGUGCUUUGCAAGUCCAGCUCGACACGGCGUGGCACAAGGCAAGACUGCGUAACGAUGGACAAGCGGGCUUCGUCUUAAAGCUGUAUGUAUACGUGCCAAAACCAGUUGAGGCUACAACAACACUUCGUAGGGACACAGCUGCGCGUAUUCGAGAACAAAUGUCCCGCGUUGCUGAAAUGUUGCGGAAGCAAGGGAUAACCGCAGGUCCAGCUACCCCGAACUACAUGGCGGUCACGCAGGCAAGGCUUCCAGACGGACCGGUAGUGCCUAACAACACGACGUUUCAGCGGGUCCAGCACGUGGACACACGACAGGCAGCAAUUGACUCUGCCAUGCAAGAAGGCCAACAGGUAGCGACUGCAGAGUGCCAUCUUGUGCGCGUCAAGAUACAAGGCGUCCCAGUCGCAAUGGUAGUGAAAAUCAGCGAUAUCCGAUCUGCACUAGGGCUCCCUGACUACAGUUUGCGCCCACCAUUUUGA